AUGUCUUCCUCACCGGAAUCCAGUCCGGUUAAUGGACAUAUCUCGCCGGUCGCAAACCACGUUUCUGUACAACUUCUCGACCCCGAGCCCAGCGACAGCGAUCUGUCCGACGCCCCAGCUCCCGAUCUUGGCUCUCCCGCCUCUGCCUCGCGCGAUGAGCUUGACCAAGCCGCCACAGACGGCCGCGCCGAUGAUUUCGAUGACCCUUCGAGUUCCAGUGACGAAGAUGCUCCUAACGACGGCGACUUCGAUGACACACUAGAGGCCGCCUCCCCUGUCAGCAACGGGGACCAGAUCGAGGCGGCCUCUUCAGACGACUCGCGGACGGCCUCGAAACGGAAAGCAGGCGCCGGCUUGGAGGAGGAGUACAUGAGAGAGAAUCCCGAGCUCUAUGGCCUGAGAAGAAGCUCUCGUCCACAACAGCGUCGCAAGAUCGUCGAAGAUGAUGACGAGUCCGAAUCCGACUCUAUUGUCGCCAGCCGACGAGUCGUCAAGAAGCGACGGACGGAGCGAUCUCUGCCAUCCUCCAAGCGCGCUACCCCUCUUCGCCAGACACCAAUCGAUGACUCUGACAGCGACACAUAUGGCGGUGCUCGAGCCAAGAGUUUCCAGAAGAGGGCUCGUCGGCAAGCCGAAGCCCAGCCAGCCGUGGCGCUGGCAGAGAAGCGCUGGAACAGCCGCAGGGCUGCUCGCGUCUCGGCUGGGGCAUACCAGGAGAGUGACGCCGAACUCGAUGACGACUCCGACCUCACCCCGAAUUACUGGGCCACGGCCGAGGAUACCUCGCCCUAUAUCGAGAAAAUAAUCCGACAUAAGCUGAAGCCUGAUUGCGAGAUGACCCGAGAGACGACUCGACAUGACUUCGAGUACUUGGUCAAGUGGCAAGGCCAGUCUCAUAUGCACAACUCAUGGGAGUCCACAGAGUCUGUUGCUGGCUGCCGAGGAAUUCGCCGGCUGGAGAACUACUACAAGAAGGUCGUUGAGUUCGAGAUCAGCCUGCAUUUCGAAAGCGACGACAUCACACCCGAACAGAGAGAGGAGUAUCUUCUUGACCGCGAGCGACAGCAAGAAGCGGUCGAGGAUUACACCAAGGUGGAGCGUGUCGUGGCUGUCCGGGAUGGCGACGACGGUGACGAGUAUCUGAUCAAGUGGAAAGGCUUGCAGUACGACGAGUGCACUUGGGAAACGGCCAGUGCUGUCAGCAAACAUGAUCAGGACAAGAUCGACCUUUUCCUGGACCGCUCGUCACGCUCCUGGCAGUCAGACCGGACCGAGUCCAACAUCGACACCCGCACUCCAAUGCGCAAGAUUGAUCACCAGCCAUCGUACAUUCAGAAUGGUGAGCUUCGAGAAUUCCAGAUGAAGGGCUUGAACUUCCUCGCCCUCAACUGGACUCGUGCAAACAACGUCAUUCUAGCAGACGAAAUGGGUCUGGGUAAGACUGUUCAAAGUGUGUCUUUUCUCAGCUGGCUGCGCAAUGACCGCGACCAGGAAGGCCCGUUCCUGGUGGUCGCACCCCUCAGUGUCAUUCCGGCUUGGUGUGAUACCUUCAAUCACUGGGCUCCAGACCUGAACUACGUCGUCUAUCUUGGUCCUGAGGCCGCGCGAUCCACCAUUCGCGAGCACGAACUGCUUGUCAAUAAUAAUCCCAAGAAGCCCAAGUUCAAUGUUCUCGUCACCUCCUACGACUACAUCCUCCUCGACGCAGAUUUCUUGAGAACUAUCAAGUGGCAGGUUCUGGCCGUGGAUGAGGCCCAUCGGCUCAAGAAUCGCGAGUCUCAGCUUUACGGGAAGCUUGUCAGCUUCAACGUACCCUGCAAGGUUCUCAUAACCGGCACACCUAUCCAAAAUAACCUAGCCGAGCUGUCAGCCCUGCUCGACUUUCUCAACCCCGGCAAGGUCCGCAUCGAUGAAGAGCUAGAGCACCUGGGCCAAUCGGACAAGAACGAAGUAGUGGAUGAGGAGAAGGACCAAGAACAGCGAAAAGCAACGCAAGAGAAACUCGCCCAACUACACACUGCCAUAGCACCCUUUAUCAUCCGUCGGACCAAGGAGACAGUCGAGUCUGACCUGCCACCCAAGACUGAGAAGAUCAUUCGCGUGGAGUUGUCCGACGUACAGUUGGAAUACUACAAGAACAUCCUCACCCGCAACUACGCGGCCUUGAAAGAUGCCAAUGGCCAAAAGCAGUCCCUUCUCAACAUUAUGAUGGAGCUGAAGAAGAUCAGCAAUCACCCAUACAUGUUCCAUGGCGUUGAAGAGAGAGUGCUGAAUGGCAGCACGCGUCGUGAGGACGGCAUCAAAGGUCUGAUCACGAGCAGUGGCAAGAUGAUGCUUCUUGAUCAGCUUCUCACCAAGCUCAGGAAGGAUGGUCACCGCGUGCUGAUCUUCAGCCAGAUGGUCAAGAUGCUUGACAUCCUCGGAGACUACCUUCGCAUACGCGGCUAUCAGUUCCAAAGACUCGAUGGCACUAUACCCGCUGGCCCCCGGCGCAUGGCGAUCAACCACUUCAAUGCCGAGGGAAGCGACGAUUUCUGCUUUCUGUUGUCAACUCGUGCGGGUGGCCUGGGAAUCAAUCUUAUGACUGCUGACACUGUCAUCAUCUACGAUUCAGACUGGAACCCGCAAGCUGAUCUCCAGGCCAUGGCGCGGGCCCACCGUAUCGGUCAGAAGAAACCUGUCAGCGUCUACCGACUCGUCGCCAAACAGACCAUCGAGGAGGAGGUUGUCAAGAGAGCUCGCAACAAGCUAUUUCUAGAGUACCUGACGAUCCAAGCCGGAGUCACGGACGAGGGCAAAGCUCUUCGAGAACAGUUCAAAGACCGAGGGCUCAAGGUGGACGAGGCAAAGACGGCCGAGGACAUCCAAAUGAUUCUCAAGAUGCGGUCCCAGAACUUGUUCGAGCAAUCGGGCAACCAGGAAAAGCUAGAGCAGCUUGACAUCGAUGCUAUCCUGGAGCAAGCCGAGGAGACUAAGACUGCCGUUGACGAUAAGCUCAAUCUGAGCACGGGCGGCAUUGACUGGGACAACUGGAUGCAGGUGACUGAUGUCAAAGUCGACGAGACGGCUCUUGACUGGGACCAGAUCAUUCCUGCCGACCAGCUUGCCGUUGUGAAAGCCGAGGAGGAGAAGAAGCAGCAUGAUGCAUUCCUCGCCAAAGCUAGAGAAGAAAAUGCUCCCCGGAAGGUCACCUUGAAGAAUGUCAAGAAGACUACCGAUAAUGAUAGGGCUGACCGCCUGGCAAAGAAGCGCGAGAGGGAGAGACAAGAGCUUGCCGAACUCGAAGAACAGCGGGCCCUUCUGUCUGAUCCACGACGACCUCUCAACGAGAAGGAAACGCGCAACCUUAUCCGUGCCUUCUUCCGUUAUGGGUCAAUGGAUGACCGCGCAGAAGAGGUGAUUCACGAGGCUCGCCUGUCGGACCGCGACCCUGCAUUCCUCCAGGGUAUUGUCGACAGACUUGUGGCUGAUUGCCAGGCUGCUGUCGAUAUCAGCAAUGAAAAGGUUCGUGAAGAAGAGGAGCGAACUGGCAAGCAACUUGCAAAGAAGGACAAGAAGGCUGUGCUCGUCGACUUUGGGGAGGUCAGAAAGGUCAAUGCGGAGACGGUCUUGGAGAGACCACCGCAGAUGAGGCUUCUGCGCCAGAUCCUGCAAGGACAAGCGAACCCCCUUACCUUCCGACUGCCAGAGGCAGCCAAAGCCGCACACUACACCUGCGAAUGGGGAGCUCGCGAGGACGGCAUGCUGCUUAUCGGCAUAGACAAGUACGGCUUCGGCGCCUGGACUCAGAUCAGAGACGACAAGGAAUUGAACAUGGCAGACAAGUUCUUCUUGGAGGAGCACCGGGUGGACAAGAAGGAGGAGCGCAAGAAUGCUACGGAAAAGAACAUUCAGUCUCCCGGUGCCGUCCAUCUAGUUCGUCGCUCAGAGUAUCUUCUGUCUGUCUUGAUGGCCAAGCACUCGGACGAUGCUACCUACAAGAAGGCUGUGGAGAAUCAUCAUCGCAGCAAGAAGAAUCUUGUCAACGGCCACCGUCGCAGCGAUGCCAAUUCGGCUUCUGCUUCUCCCGCACCCGGCUAUACGAAGAAGUCAGCACAGAACAGGGAGCGUAACCGGGAGCGCAUGGGGGCGCACCUUAGCGACACGUACCGGUCUCGAAGCCUGGCAGAUGAUCGCGGAACACCUCGCCCCGAGCACAAGAGAAAGCACCUGGACGACCACCAAGAUCGGCACAAUAAGCACCGACGCACCGAGCACGGUCACGGCGAGGCGAGACAUAAGGACGACAAGGCUCGUGCGAAGCUCGGUCCCGAUGCUCUCGAACGCCUCAAGAAGGCUCGUGAGGACUCUGUGCGGCGCUUCAACCGUCUGAUGGAACUCGACGAUGAGAAACUAGACUCGACUAAUAACGAGCACCUUAUCUGGUCGCUGCUGAAGCCCGUGCGAGGCAACUUCCAACGUAUCAUGCACACAACGGCCGAACACAUGCCUUCGGCCAAGGAACGUGCCAGAACGAUGGGCUCUGAGCUGCGACAGAUUGGCAAUCACCUGAUUGGCCUUCGAGACGCCGGACUUCCCCGUGAGCAGCUGGAAGGGCUGAUGCCACAAUUCUGGGAUUUCCUGGCCACGGUAUGGCCCAUUGGUGAAGUUGAAGUCACGGGCAAGAGGCUUUCCAGGAUGUACCGUGAUCUCCGAGAGAAGGACAAAAAGGUAGACGACGAGAAGGUGCAAGCCAAGAGACGAGAAGAUCUCGAAGACGGAGAAAUCGAUGUCGAAGACGAGAGACGUCGUCGGGAGCGAAGAGAGGCUCGACGAGAGCCAAGCGAAGACACGCGCCGUGACUACCGGCGUGAUGAUAGGCAUCGCGCCUACGAGAAUGGUGACCGCCUGAGCUUCCGCAGGGACCGCGAUCGUGGCCAGUCAUUGGUUGAUCGGCCGAGACCGUCGUGGAGCCCCAACACCCAACAGCACCGACACAGCCCUUACUAA